AUGGGUAAUAGUGAUGAGAGUGUUUUUUGGAAUGAUAGAGAAGCAUAUUUCCCAACUCAUGAUUUUCAAACUGCAAAUCAUGAUGGCUUCUCUGGUGAAGAUUCCGGCGGCUCGAAGAGGAAUUCACUCUCUUCAGGCUCUGAGAACAACAACCAGGAAGGAAGUGCAGAGAGUUCAUCCCAAUCAAGCCCUCUUGGGUUGAACCUGAGUAAGACUCCAUCAUUCCUAAAUCUGGUGCAGAUGAGUUUGACUAAAGGGAAGCGUCCCGUUUCCGGUAAGGAUGUGCCCAGAAGAAGAGUGGAGGAAUAUGUAUCUUCGGAGAAAUUAAAGGCUUCCAAUUUCCCGGCAACGUUCCUCCAGAUCGGAACUUGGGAGAAAGUGACUAAGAAUGAAGGCGACGUCACAGCCAAAUUCUACUACGCGAAACGUAAAAUGGUGUGGGAGGUGCUAGAAGGUGCUCUCAAGACCAAGCUCGAAAUGCCGUGGUCUGAUAUCUCUGGCAUAAGGGUUUCCCUACUCGAUGGUCUCCCUGGCACCCUUGAAAUCGAGCUGAAUCAGCCCCCGAUGUUCUUCCGCGAGAUCCACCCUCAGCCAAGAAAGCACACCCUUUGGCAGCAGGCUGCUGAUUUCACAGGAGGCCAAGCUCCCAAUUGGAGGAUACACAGUCUGAGGUUCCCGCCAGGUGUGCUGGACAAGCACUACGAGAAGCUUCUGCAAUCCGAUCCGCGCCUUUGUGCAUUGGCCAAGAUGCCGUUCCCAAGCCACACCUCUCCCUUUUUCAAUCCGGACAUGUUCGAGCCCUUCUCACUGGACUUCAACAACUAUCCGUAUCCUCCACUGCCAACAAUGGACGCGGGGACACCGUCUUGGGCUGGGUAUCAUCGAAAUGGAGGGAUGAUUGACUUUGGGGUGGCUGCAGCACCCUCCAACAACACCAACUACCAGCAGGCCUUUGGCUUGGGGUUGGAUGCACAACCACAAUACAAUGUCAAUGCACUGGGAUUUGAUCCUAGUAUGAGUAGUCAGUGGAUGAUGCCACCUCAACCUCCGCUCUACCCUGACCUGAGCCUGAACAGGAUGGAUGAUCAAGCUCUACUGAUGGGGCACCACCACCACCAUUUUGGUGAUAACUCUCUGCCUCCCUUUCCCGGUGAAACUUCCGCCUCGGCCAACUUUUAUACACCGCCAUGGGAGUGGGAGUGA